UCGAGUGGAUGAUACGGUCGACUGUCGAGAUUUCCAGGUGAGACCUGUAUUUAGAAGUGAACCAGGAUCUGUCCAUGUUUGGGGGUGCGGGAUGGAGAGAAGUGUUUCACCUGUCGCAGGUGACACUGACUAGAAUCCCGCACAUCGCCUUCCUCCGUUCGUCCGACAGUGAGGGGAGUGAAGCUGGCUGCACACAUCUCUGUCCUCGGCAAGACAACUUUGAUGUCAAGAAUGAACCCUUUAGUUUACUACACUUUGACCAUAUCAUUGACAGUGCUGUCUGCAAGUGCCGCAACCUCUCAGUGUCACGACAAGAUCGCUUCCUGCUCAAACAUGUCACGUGUCUGCGAGGAUCCAGUGGCGACGGUUCACAUCUGCCCCUUGUAUUGUGAAAAGUGUGAGGAGUACAAUAACCUGCCGAGGGCUUCCUGUCAAAACAAAAUGGACACGUUCUUCUGUGAAAUGGCCGCCAACUGUAUCGAUAAGUUCCACGUCUACUUGUGUCCACUGACGUGUAGCAAGUGUGAGCUCGUCACCUCGCAGACAUCAACAGUGACUGCGUCAUCAACGAUUGUGUCAACUACAUCGCCAUCAACGAUUGUGUCAACUACAUCGUCAUCAACGAUUGUGUCAACUACAUCGCCAUCAACUUCAACAUUUACCCAGACAUCUACACUCAUGCCAAACCAAAGUAGACCAACAAGUCCAACAACAGCCUCUGCUACGUCACAAACGUUGCCAGCAGUCACAGAGUCAACCACUGCAGCAACCAUGUCAUCUGUGCCAGGUAGAGCAAGUAUUGCCUCGCCAUCGACGUCGACAUCUACCAGGACAUCUGCACACACAUCAACCUAUCAAACAUCACCAAGGCCAGAAACAACCACUACUGGGCCACAAACUUCGACUAUGAUCGCAGGGUCAACCAUUGUUUCAACCAUGGACACACAAAAGUCAUCUACGCCAGAACUCAGAAUCUCGGAGACAUCAACAAUGACUGUGUCAUCAACGAUCGAGUCAACUACAUCGAGAUUGUUAACACUUAUCAUGAUAUCUGUAAACUCAUCAACCUAUAAACAUCAACAUGGUCAUAUACAACCAUUACUGCGCGACCAACGUGGACUAUGAUCACACGGUCAGCCUCUGCUUCAACCAUGGACACACACAAGUCAUCUACGGUAGAGCAAGUAUAACAUCAACUCUCUUACUUUACAGGUAAAACUUUAGCGGUUUGCUUGACAAACACAUCAUUAGUCGACUUGUUGAACCACAUUUGGUGGCCAGCAUCAUUCUCAGCCCUACUACGGCA